GAUGAUGAUUAUCUAUCGGAUGUUUUAGUGCUUCUCUUGUCUCAGCCACAGACAUGUCACUUGGGCAUGCUCGCUUCCCAAAUGAUCAACUAGCUUCAUUCUGAAGUUUUGAACUCGUAGAAACAUUUAGUCUUUAACGUUAAUGUCUGCUAAAACUCCCUUACGUGUCCUAUGCCUUCAUGGCUACCGGCAGAAUGCUGUCAGCUUUCGAGAAAAGACGGGCGCUUUGAGGAAAGUCCUGAAGAACCGGGUAGAGCUCGUCUACGUGACGGCACCACUUGAAGUUCCAAGUUCGGCUGAAACUGACAAUUCCAAGGAGUCUGGUGACAAGCCUCCUCCACCAUCCGCCGAGAGCGCCAGGGGCUGGUGGUUCUCCGACGCCCAGCAGCGCAGCUUCCACGCCGGGCAGGAGUGCGAGGCCAGCCUGGGCCUGGAGCAGAGCGUGGAAGUGGUGCGGGCGGCCGUGAGGGAGCAGGGCCCCUUCGACGGCAUCCUGGGCUUCAGUCAGGGCGCCGCCCUGGUGGCCAUGCUGCUGUCCAUGCAGGAGCAGCGGCAAGAGCCGGACCUCGCCUUCCGAUUCGCCCUCAUCAUCUCCGGCUUCCGCAGCGCCUGCGCCCAGCACACACGUUUCUAUGGCGAGGCCAUUGCCACGCCGACGCUGCACGUGUUUGGGGAGCAGGACGGAGUGAUUCCCAUUGACAUGAGUAAGGACCUGCUCACAGUGUUCAAGGAGCCCACUGUCCUCACGCAUGCAGGCGGACAUUUUGUACCGGCCGCGUCCGCACAUAAACCUGUUUACUUGAACUUCUUACAGACAUUUCAGAAAUAAGACUUUUAUUGUUUUUCCUUCCUAUACUUCCUUCUCAGGGUCAUUUUGUCUUAAACUAAAAUAAAUUGCUGUCAUUA